AUGUCUCAAUUGACAAUCAAUACCAUGUGCUUGUUGAAAGAUGAGGAGAGUUUCAUGGAGGGAAAUCAUCAUUUAAAUGAAACAUGGCUGACCAAACGGGAAGACUCUUGUUGGUCCUGUAAAUCCGAUAUGAGAUGUGUUGUUCGAGAAAUCUACAACGGACUGAAAGCUCUUCAAAAUCAUAGAGAUUGGAAGCCAAUUCCUACUUAUAUGGACCUCCAUUCCGCUCCAUUGUCUUGGAACUGCAAUUUUGAUAAGGAUUUGGCAAAAUGGAGUUUAUUAAUGAUGGGGUCUGAUGGAGAAGAAAGAAAAUCGUCGAUUCUGCAACUAGGAAAUAUUUUAAAAAGACAAGGAGUCUCAAAUGAUGUAUUGGAGAAGGUGCAAACGGAAUCAAUGGACGGAGAAACUGCUCACUCUACUCAUAAAUCUUCUCGGAGACUAGACGCCGAGCGACAAGUGAGAGAGGACCCUGUUGUCAGAGACUAUCUUCACAAAAUCUACUUCUUUGACUACCUGGUCUUCCCAUUCAGUCGUGCUCCUUUGGAUGCAAAAUAUCAAACUGAUUUUUGGAAGAUUCCAGAGAAUCGAUGA